ACACACACACACACACACACACACAAAUACAGACAGACACAGACAGGAAGAUUUUCCCCCGUGACGGUUUCAUUCCACUCCAUCAAGGUUACCAUGGUGACAAAACUGCGCCCUUGUCACGAAGGUCCUCUGUUUACGUCACCAGUGUGCCACGUCAGAGCACGAACACACACACACACACACACAUACACACACACACUAUGAUAUAACCAGAUGUCAUUAACCUGGUUAAUUACAAAUACAAGCUUUAGUAAAGGGAGAGAGAAGAGCAGGUUUAAUAACCAUUAGAAGAAGAAGGAAAAAAGGAAAAAGAUGAUGAAGAUGAUGAAGAAGAACUGGAUCAGGUUUUUGUUCCGUUUCCCCAAAACGUCCAGAAGAAGAAGAAGAAGAUGAAGAAGAAGGGAAUGAAGAGGAAGAAGAAGAAGAAGUAGGAGAGAAUGAUGAUGAUGAUGAUGAAGAAGAAAACAAAACGUGUGCUGUUGUAUUUAACAAGUCAAUGUCCAUUAAUUGAUUAAUGAAGAAAUUAAUUAGUCUAAAAUAUUUCAGUGUGUGUGUGUGUGUGUGUGUGUGUGUGUGUAGUAAUGUCAUGGUGAUGUCAUUAAAUAUGAAUGCACAAAAGCAAAAGUGUGAUAGAGAGAGAGAGAGAGAGAGAGAGAGAGAAAGCAUAAUGGGUUCUGAUGAGAGGAGGAACCAAUCGGUACUGCUGUGACGUCAUUAUCAUUAUUACAUAGAGAGUCAGAGGGUGUGUGUGUGUGUGUGUGUGUGUGUGUGUGUGUGUGUUUGUGUGUGACAUGCGCAGAUCCUCCCUCUCCUGCGUAAGCUUUAACUCAGAGUUCAGGGAAACCGGCACACACGGAGUAGCAGCAUCAAAAGAGAGCAGUGCGCGUGUGAGUCAACUCCAUAGUCUCUCUCUCACACACACACUCAUACACACUCACACACACACACACACUCACACACACACUCGCACACACGGAACGACCUGACAUGAUGCAAGUGUGAGAAUUUCUUGUAGGAGAAACACAGGAGAGGAAAAACAUGGACAAGUCUCUGAUGCAGCGUCUGCUCGGCUCGAAGAAAAGCGCAAGGAUCCACCCGACUGCGGUGACGGUGAAAUACGGCUCGCAUUUCCCCCAGCGUGGAGAUGAGAGCUACGAUGAUGCGCCGUCGUUUGAGGAUUUUGGCACCUUUAUGGCAGAGACAUCAGACAGGAAGCAGCUGAGUGACAGUAAAGCACACAGGACAGUGUUUAACCUUCGGUCUGAACCGAGAUCCAGAGCUUCUAAAGGGGUCAGAGGUCAGCUGGAGAGCUUCAGUGAGGCGAGUGUGUUAUCGUCACGCGUGAUGUGGGCGGCGCUGUUUGUCGCCGCACUAGCUCAUGGCUGUGUCUCUCUCCUGACACGAUUAGCUGCAGAUUUAUCCCGCGUCCCAUCGCUCGAGCUUCUCUUUGUCCGCUCUGUGCUCCAGGUCCUGUCCGUCGCUGUAGUUCUGUACCACAAGGAGGCGCCGUUCGGGCCGCGAGGCUGCAGGUUGCAUCUCUUCUCCUAUGGAAUAUUUAACGUCAUCUCCAUCUCCUGUGCCUACACCUCCUUCGCACUAGUUCCUCCUGCUAACGGCGCCAUCGUGUGGCGAGCGAGCGUGACGGUGUUCAGUGCCGUCCUGUCCUUCCUGCUCGUUGACGAGCGGCUUGGUGCGACGGACACCAUCUCCGUCUCCUGCAGCGUCUUUGGGCUCGGCCUCAUCCUAAUCCCCAACCUUGCUAGUGACGAAAAGCCGCUCGGGUUCUGGAAGGAGGCGUUUGGUUACGUCCUGAUGGUUUUGGCCGGAGUGAUGGCGGCGCUCUCCAUGAUUUUGUACAGGUGUGUGAAGCAGCAGGUGAGCGUGUGGACGGCAUUGUUUACGUUUGGAUGGAUGGGUUCUCUCUGGUCCUGCUGCUCCAUGUUCCUCCUGCAGGAACCCGUCAUUCCACACGAUGCAGAAACCUGGAUCUUCCUCUUAUCCAUCUGCUUCUGCUCCACCGUCGCAUUUCUGGGGGUUUAUUACGGCCUGCAACGCCUCCACCCCGCGCUAGUCAGCACGGUGCAGCACCUGGAGCUCGUGGUGGCGAUGAUUCUGCAGCUGCUCGUGCUGCGCAUACUCCCCUCUGCUUGUGACAUCAUCGGCGCCGUCGUCAUCAUCGUCAGCGUCCUUGCGCUCGGCCUCGUCAAAGUCCUCCGUGGUGGAAAGCGCGAGACGGACGAAUACGAAGAAAUCCUCGACUCGUCCAUAAAAUAAGACUGAGCACUGAGAGAUGGAGAGCGUAAUGAUUUCUACUGCGUCAUGUGACCUUAUAAAAUUAGAAUAUUAAUUAUCCUCAUAUAACGAACUUUUAUUUUUUUUAUUUUACCUGCAGGACGAGUUAUGGAUGAAUUGUGUGUAAUAAACAAACAAUUGAUUUCCAGUAUUAAAAGCAAUGAAAAAAUCUAAA